AUGGAUAACUUUGCAGUAUCAAAAGCGUUCAGCACCAGCAUGCAAUUGCUGCUCAGCCAUUUGCUGGGGAUGUAUUUCACCCAGCAAGAACAUUACUCCGUUUGCUUUAUACGAACGUCACAUGAAGUGAUUCACUUUACCGGGAUCCCGCCGGUAGCACUGGUACUGAUCGUGCUGGAAACCGAUGAUCGGGUAAAUGUCACUGCAAGAUCGCAUGAUCAGUUCCGGACAAAUCUCCUGCAAGCUGUCGACACUAACUGUGCCAGAUUCAUCGUAAGCGAGUUGGCUCUGCUUCCCUUUCUAGAUCAGUUUAACAUGGUGCACGAGAAGGCAAACAUGAGACCACCUUCAAAGCACCUGAUCGCCAUAACGUCCCUCAAUCCGUCAGUACGCGCAACACUCUUAGCACACAACGAAACCUUCGAAUCUUUGGUGAAUGUGUUGCUUAUCGUCCCGGUCGAUAAGCAUGCCGGCAACCAAACGGGAGCAACUUUCGAGCUGCACACAACACAACUGCUUCCAAAGCAUCCGAUAGGCGUGACGGUGGAGUUGAUACAACUUGCCGUACUAACCACCAACAGCAGUGGAGUGUUCGUACCGAAUCUGUCCGACAGCAGGCUGGAGUAUUUCCCAGACAAAGUGCGCGAUAUGAAGGGCCGAAGGAUACGUGUUAGCACAGUGGAGUAUGUGCCCUGCACCGCCUUUAAGAAAGUGCCAAUAGGGCAAGGAAAUGCUAAGGACGCCAACGAUGUGUCGCACGAGCUGUGGUUGGAUGGAUUUGAACUGAUACUGACGCUGGAGUUUUGCCGUCGACACAACUGUACCGUGGAGCUAAUGAUCGAAACGGACUGGGGUGAACUGCUGGAAAAUGGAUCAUAUUCUGCAAUACUGGGUAAUUUGGUGAAGCGACGCGUCGAUCUAGGUUUGGGAGCAAUAUUGGCUUGGCAUGCCUGGUUCGAGGUAGCUACCAUCACCUCAAUGGUUGGCAUAUCGAUGAUAACGGCACUGGUGCCAAGGCCCCAACUGUUACCCUCCUGGCAGUUUCCGUUCCUUUCGUUUCCUCCCUCACUGUGGGUUACGGUGGGUUUCACAUUCACCGUCGGAACGGUGGCCGUAUUCGUAGUCACCAUUACACAGCAGCGAAUCACACGCGGUGUAGCGCCGGCACCGGAUAAAACACGCGCACAGCAUCUGCUCGAUGCACUGUUCUUCAUGUUCAGCUUGUACGUCGAACAGUCCGCCCGACUACGGCACGAUCUGCUUGCCGCCACCAUCCUGCUAGCGGCGCUGCUCUUCGGUGGGUUCAUGAUCGGCAACAGCUAUGCCGGUUCGCUCGCUAGCAUCAUGACGCUGCCACGGUACGAACCGUCGAUCGACACGGUGGCCGACUUUCUGAAGCGCGACAUGCGAUGGACGGGCGGUAGCAAUGCGUGGAUCUACACGCUGUACAUGGCGACGACACCGGCAAUGAUACGCAUGCGGAACAGCUUCGUCGCCAUACCGGACAGUGCGGUGCGCGAGAAGCUGCCGUUCACCGAUCGUAGAAUGGGGUACGUCAUCGAGGGUAUGAUGCACGGUAGCUACGGCCUGGGGACACCGGUUGGUAUCGAGGCGUCCCGUCUGCUACAGCCACUGAAGCAACCGAUCUACCUGGAUCACACGAACGGGUUCUGCAGCAAGGUGUGGCCAAUGCAGGAUGCCUUCAAUGCCUUCAUCCUGGAGGUGCAUCAAUGCGGUGCCUUACACUAUCUGGAAUUAGCGUCACUCAUAAGGCACGUUGGGCUGACGGUGCAACGAAACAUUGCUAAUGCACGCACUAAGGAGCAGGAACACGAGCCAACACCACUUUCAAUCGAACACUUUUUGGGAGCGUUUUUUAUCCUUUUUUUCGGCCAGGGUUGUGCCUGUAUCAUCUUUAUUGCGGAAUUGAUGAUAAAGCGAUGGAAUGGCGUGGCCCGGGCCAGAGAAUUCCACACCAAAUAG